UGCGAAAUUUACCGCACGGUUCGUUCUGUUCCUCGUGGUGAGCUCGGGGAACGUGGUGGUGCGCUCGGCCACCGCGGCUGGCGACGGCGAUGGCCAGUUCGCGUACCAGGGGUUCGCGGCGGCGAACCUUACCAUGGACGGCCUCGCCGCCGUCACGUCGAGCGGGCUCCUCGCGCUCACCAACGCCACGUACCAGGCGAAAGCGCACGCCUUUCACCCGGCGCCUCUCCGCUUCCUCGGCGAGUCAUCCGCGGGGGCGGUGGUGGCGCGGUCCUUCUCCACGUGCUUCGUGUUCGCCAUCGUGUCCGGGUACGACGGCCUGAGCGACCACGGGCUCGCGUUCGUGGCCGCGCCGACGGCGAACCUCUCGGCGGCGAACGCCGGGCAGUACCUGGGCCUCCUCAACGCGACGAACGGCACGGCGAGCGGCGCCAUCUUGGCCGUCGAGCUGGACACCAUCAUGAACCCCGAGUUCCGCGACAUCAGCAGCAACCACGUCGGCCUCGACGUCAACAGCCUCGUGUCGCUGCAGGCGCGGCCGGCCGGCUACUACGGCGACGACGACGACGGCGCCUUCCGGGACCUCAGGCUGAACAGCCGCAAGCCGAUGCAGGUGUGGGUGGACUACGACGGCCAGGCCAAGCAGCUCAACGUGACGCUCUCUCCCAUGCAAGUGCCCAAGCCCAAGAAGCCUCUGCUCUCCCAAGCCAUCGACCUCUCCACCGCCAUGGCCGACGAGAUGUACGUCGGCUUCUCGUCGGCGACGGGCGUCGUGUUCACGCACCACUACGUGCUCGGCUGGAGCUUCAGCUUCGACGGGCCAGCUCCUCCCCUUGACCUCUCCAAGCUUCCCCGGCUGCCGCGCUUCGGCCCGAAGCCCCGGUCCAAGGCCCUGGACAUCGUGCUUCCGCUGGCCACCGCAUUGCUCGUCGCAGCAGCUCUAGCCGCCGUCUUCUUCCUCGUGCGGCGGCGACGCCGCUUCGCCGAGGUGCGCGAAGACUGGGAGGACGAGUUCGGCCCACACCGUUUCGCGUACAGGGAUCUGUUCCACGCGACCGACGGGUUCAAGGAACGAAAUUUGCUCGGUGUUGGAGGCUUUGGGAGAGUUUACAGAGGGGUGCUACCAGAUUCCAACUUGGAGAUCGCGGUGAAGAGGGUUUCACAUGAUUCGAGACAAGGCAUAAAGGAGUUCGUCGCGGAGGUGGUUAGCAUUGGUCGCCUUCGACAUCGGAAUCUCGUGCAGUUAUUAGGUUAUUGCCGUCGCAAGGACGAACUCCUGCUGGUCUAUGACUAUAUGGUGAAUGGUAGUCUCGACAAGUACUUGCAUGAGAGAAAUGGUACAACCUUAUAUUGGGCCGAGAGGUUCUCGAUCAUCAAAGGCGUCGCGUCAGGCUUGCUGUACCUGCACGAAGAUUGGGAGCAGGUGGUCAUCCACCGAGACAUAAAGGCGAGCAACGUGCUCCUGGACGGCACGAUGAACGGCCGGCUAGGUGACUUCGGCUUGGCAAAGCUGUACGACCAUGGCACCGACCCGCAAACAACCCACGUGGUUGGCACCAUGGGUUACCUAGCGCCGGAGCUCGUCCGGACGGGGAAGGCGACACCCUUGACGGACGUGUUUGCCUUCGGCGUGUUCCUGCUGGAGGUCGCCUGCGGGCGGAGGCCAAUCGAUCAUCACACCGAUGAGCACAAGAAACGGGCGGCGGUGGUGCUGGUCGAUUGGGUGCUCGAGCACCACCGCAGCGGCUCGAUCAUCGGCGCGGUGGAUCCGCGGCUGGCGGCGGCGGGGGAGUUCGAUGCGGAGGAGGCGGCCCUCGUUCUGAGGCUAGGAUUGAUGUGCUCGCACCCACUCCCCGGUGCGAGGCCGGACAUGCGGAAGGCGGUGCAGUACCUCGAGCGUGGCGGCGGCCGGCCGACUCCUGACCUGUCGCCGAGCUACGUGAGCUAUAGGGUGAUGGCGACGAUGCAGAGCGAAGGGUUCGAUUCGUAUGUCGUGUCGGAGGCCGGCCGAUCGGUGACGAGCAUUGGCACUGUGUCUGGUGCCUCGUCUAUGACCAUUUUGUCACAGGGGAGAUGAGUUUUGGCCUGUAAUUAAUUUGAUUGGGAGCUGCUUAUAACAAGCUUUGUUGUUUCGCCUUUGCAAACGUUCGCACAAGAGACGACACGGAAGAAGAUACAGUCAACAAGACGGAGGAUCAGAACGAUACAGAAGGAGACACAUUCACUAAGAUGUAGGACCGUCCAACAGAGAUGCAAUUGAUGAUGGUGUAACAAAGAAUAGAAGAUGGUGAAACACAAAAUUUCAAAUCCAACUACAAACGUUCACUUUGCACCCAUUACAACUAAGAGCGAAUGUUAG